AUGGAUCAUCUUCCGCUACCUCCAAAUCCGGUGAUUGGAUCGCUUCCCGUCCCAUAUCUCUGCCAUGAGACAUAUGAUGGGGGUUCGUUCCUCACCUACCCUGUUCGAACAGGCUGGAAUGUGACCGAGGAACAGUGGCCUGAAACUCUGUCUCGUUAUGGCGAAGAAGUUCAUGGAGAAGUUCAGAUCGCGUCCUUCCUUCAAACAUGGCUCUACUUUGGCUUGCUGUCCGAGAUCACUGGCUAUGCCAUCGAUGCUGCAGCUUUCAGAGCCCCCGGACGUACUAGAAGUACCGCUUGGCUCUCGUCAAAGUCUCUACCGGACAUUGUGGGCCAGUGGUCUCUCGAAUCAAUGACUCUCCAAUGUGAAGUCGAUGAGAGCCUUCGCCGCAGGCUCGGUAAGGAUAUUGGACUGGUCCAUCCGGUGCAAGACUGGGUUUCAAAACGAGCUGAUAUUGUUGAUGUGGCUGAAGCCACAUGGUCUCGGGUUGUUGAAGCAUAUCAAGACAAGAUGACGGACACGCUCAGUCUCGUACUCCUAAGUAUUGCUGCGUUGGGAGACUACCUCAGUCAAGCCCUCGCCGAUAUAGCUCGUGCCAGGGGUGUCGACGAUGGUGAUGGCACUCCAGCAACCCUCUGGUUACUGCCCGAGAGUGUCUGUCGGCCUCUGGUGCGCAGAUUGCCAAGCUGGUGUCCCAACAAAUUACAUGGCCUGAUCAACACCCAGGGCUGCACAAUCGGGGUGUUGUGGUAUAUAGCAAAUCUCCAGCCACCGAAAGUACGCGACAACCAUAGCAAGUGCAGUGCUGAGCAAUGCAAUUCGUUGCAUAUCAAUCAAGACAACUACAAAGUCCAGCAUACUACAGCAGACUGCAGCUGUGGCCUCAAGUGCCCCUCAACAAAGGAAAUGGGAAGCAUCGUGCGCCGGGGCUCUAUUGCAUUAUUCACCGUCCAGCGUGAUAUGGGAGAGGUCAUGUUAUCAGUCCAGGAUGAGAAGCGAACCAGGAACUACGUUGCAAUAUCUCAUGUUUGGGCAGACGGCCACGGCAAUCUCCAGGCCAACUCGCUCCCUACAUGCGUGCUGGAAAAAUUGCAGCACGAUGUCGAUGCGCUGGGGAUUUCAAACUCGCGAGUUAAGCAUACCCCAAUCUGGAUGGACACGAUCUGUCUACCACGCUUUCCGCUGGAGCUCCGAAGAAACGCUCUGCUCCGACUCAGCGAUGUCUUCUUGAAAGCCGGCGGCGUCCUCGUCUUGGAUUCCUAUCUUCAGUCCUCAGAUUCGAGGGACAUGUCUCCCGUUGAAAUCGUGGCCCGAAUCUCAAUCUCAGGCUGGACUGCUAGGCUGUGGACCUACUCUGAAGGCCGGCUAGCAAGACGCGUAUGGUUCCAGUUUCGUGACAGGGCAAUUGAUUUCUAUGAGCUCAUGAACAACUGGCACAAGGAGCUCGAGUCACGUAUCCCUGCAAAUCCCUUGACCAGCGUUUCCUACAACGUGGCGGCUCUGCACUCGGCAACGAAUCUUCUCGAAAGUGGCCGAGAGGGAGGUGAGUUGCUAGAACUUGGCCAGAUCAAGAUAGCCCUCACUUCGAGGCAGACCAGCUGGCCAAGUGACGAGGCCUUGUGCCUUGGUGCGCUUCUUCGACUGGACUUGUCCAGCAUCGUUGAAGCCGAGGACAGUAACAAGAUGGCGGCUUUCUGGCGACAAGUGACCUCGGUGCCGGUUGACCUGAUCUUCACCAAGUGCUCGCCAAAACUUGAACAUCUUGGCUGUCGAUGGGCUCCGGCUAGUUUACUGGGUGGCACCAAUCCAGAUCUCGCGAAACUAGCUUUCGUGAACCCCCUUAUAAUCGCCGGUCACUAUAUCAAGUGUACAGACGUCGGCCUCGAGUUCGCCGUGGAUAUGGGCCUUCCUGUCGCAGCGCUGUUGCCCCUUUCAUCUUCAUCAAACACGGGAAACAGAACGCUAGAGUCAAAGCGCAACUUUAUCAACAUGUGCCGCCAACCCACUGCAUCCGCAGCCGGCAAAACCGUCAUGCUGAGAGGCGACGAUGGAAGCUGGUACAGCGGUGCGGUCGACAACCUCUGGCAUGGAACACCGAUAAUACCUGACUGCGAGCACGAGAUGCCUGUGUUGUUCGUGAGAGUUCGAAACACACUUACCAAUAUGAGGGAGCAGAACGACCGGAAAGUAUGGGAACGAUACCCGGCAAUCUUCGCAACGUACAAAGCGUCGAAAGAGCCUCUUUGUGCGAGAGCACACACCCAUUUAUCCUUGACUAGGCUUGACACAGAAACAUGGUGGUCUUUCGACACUCUUUCUCGACAUGCUCGCGCAUUCCAGAAGAAGUGCCGACGAGGAGGGUCUUUUAUGCCAGAAGACGAGGACCAGAUGCUGGAUAGCAUAACGGUGUGGAUGCAAGCUACUCAGGCCGAAGAAGCGCUGAAUGCCCUCGUGGCCAGCAUCCUGCCUUGUGAACCGUUGGGUACAGUGAUCGAAUCCGGACUGACACUGUGCGCACGAUACAUUUACUACUUCUGCUUAGUCGGAGAGUGGUACAAGUUCAGGAAUUCGGAUCCCCUUGCCGGAAUCAGGUGGUGCAUCGAUUGA